UCGGUACAAUUCAAUUAACAUCUGUCCGGCGGAGAGACACCUUCACAUUCGUCGGAGUAAACCUAAUAUGAUAAUAUGUAUGAAGCAAGUAAUCAAACGCGUGCAACACGACUGACCGACUUUGAUGACAAAGUGCGGCGCGAUUUCUUAUUUGUAUUCCGUACAUCCAGAACACACCCUUGCCGUCGUUUCCAGCAGCACCAGCAGAAGAACCAGAGCUCAUCACAUGUUGUCGAUGGUGGUUAGUCGGAUCCUGCGCUGUUCGCGUCCAACAUCGUACGAUAUGAUACGAUUCGAUAGGAAGGUCGGCCGCCACCCGAUAUGCGACGAUUGUCAGUCGGGAAUGCAUCGGAAUGCAAUCCAAGCUGUUGCACUUCCUAGGUUCUGUCUCUACAUGUCUUUGUGGAGCUACAAGCCGUUGUGCACUUGGUGGAGAUUGGAGAGAAGAUCGAACGAUACAGUCGGGGAUUCCCGUUAAAUCGGAUGAGAAAAUCACAGUUCGAGUAAACCAACCACGUUUUUUCAAGGUUUGGUAGGUUGAGUGGCGAUAGAAGACGUACUGUGAUAUAAUGAGAGUUAAAAGAGAGCCAUGUUACCAAGAGCAAUGGAAUAUUCUAAAACUUCGAAACGAGGUGACGGGAAAAAAAUAGGUCAAAUGCAUUCCCAUUCAAUCGGCACGCCGGUAGAACA